AUGUCAGAGCCCGUAGAGAAGGGUUAUCAACUCGGAGUUGAUGUUGGCGGGACAUUCACAGAUGUUUACGUGUUCACCCCGCAUGGACAGACAGUGCGAGCAAAAGUCCCAACAACCAUCCCAGAUCAAAGUAUUGGGAUCCAACAGGGCAUUACGAAGGCCCGUGAAUUACUCAAUAAGCAGUUCGGUUGGUCGGGGACUUUCCAAUUCAUUCAUCAUGGCACAACGACCGCAACCAAUGCAGUUCUCGAAGGGAAGGGCGCUCGCACUGCCUUAAUUGUGACUGCUGGCCAUAAGGAUUUAUUGGCUUUGCGCCGUUCCCAGAUCCCAGGUGGAUUGGGUGCGUGGCUGCACUGGACCCCACCCGAUCCUAUAGUGCCACUUGAGCGGGUCGUUCAAUGUAAAGAACGCAUGUCCGUUCAGGGAGAAACAGUUACGGCAGUUGAUAUCGAGGAUCUGCGACAAAACUUGAAAGAGCUGGCGCGACAGAAGCCAGAAGCAAUCGCUAUCUCGCUAUUGAACUCACAUAGCAACGAGGCUCAUGAACGGGUGGUUGCACAAACAGUCCGCGAGGAGCUUGGGGCCGAUAUCGCCAUCACUUGUUCUGCAGAUGUUCUGCGUGAAGUCGGAGAGUAUGAGCGGACGGUCACAACCUGCACGAAUACGCUGGUGAAGCCGGUUGUCGAGAAAUAUCUGUACAAUCUGUCUAAGGCGCUUGCGGCGGAAAGUGAGGCCAUUCGGGUCCUCAAGAGCGAUGGUGGGUUGACCAGUCUGACUCUCGCUUCUGAGCUACCAGUCAACAUUCUCAUGUCGGGCCCUGCAGGAGGCGUCAAGGGAGUGGCAGAUGUUGUGGCUCGGAGUACUCCGUACAAGAAUCUGAUUACCUUGGACAUGGGAGGAACUUCUACCGACUGCGCAUUAAUUUACAAUGGCCAGCCUCAGCUCCGACGAGAGACUGUUGUAGGGAGUCUUUCUGUUCGGGCGCCCGCGGUUGACAUCAAGACUGUGGGGGCUGGGGGAGGAUCGAUCACAACGUACAUGGAGCUCACGGAGACCUUGCGGGUAGGCCCCGAGAGCGCUGGCGCAGCACCCGGACCUGCAUCCUAUGGAAAAGGCGGAAAGCAAGCCACUGUCACGGAUGCGAAUUUGGUCCUGGGAUAUUUGCCCAAAACAUUGUUGGGUGGCGAGUUCGCGUUGGAUGUCCAAGCUGCUAUAACUGCUGUCGAGGAUAUUGCGAACCAGAUGAAGCUUCCGGUUAUUCAAACAGCCGAAGAUAUCAUCACAAUCAUCAACGAGACAAUGUAUGGUGCCUUGCGGCUUGUCUCUGUGGAGCAGGGCUAUGACCCUCGUGAAUUUGCACUGGUUGCUUUCGGUGGUGCCGGCCCUCUGCAUGCAAACGCCGUGGGUCAACUUCUUGGGGCCUGGCCUGUGAUCAUCCCACCUUCUCCUGGAAUCCUAUGUGCACAGGGUGAUGUGACCACUAAACUUAGACACGAGCAAUCCGCCACCUUCAUCCGUAUUGUCUCCGGAACCCCUGUUUUCGAGGCACGGGAACAGUACCGAACACUAGAGCAAGAGUGUCGGGAUACCUUGUCAAGGACGGCGGGCGAUCUGUGGCCCUUGUCAUGGAAAACAGCAUAUCAAGCAGAUCUUCGGUACAAAGGCCAAGCUUUGAUGAUAACAAUCGAGAUCACCGAAGAAGACUUGGCCCUGACUACUGAGAAAUGGCAUGAUGUGUUGCGACAAAAGUUCGACCAGCAGCACCAGCAGAUGUUCACUUACUGCUUACCUGACUUUGAGCUUGAAUUGAUGAGACUGGGAGUUGUAUUGGAAGACGCCUCGCCUGGGAUUGACAUUCCCCAAGUUGGCAAAGGGACAAUUCCCCCUUCAGACGCAAAGAUUGGCGAGCAGAAUAUCAUCGUCCAAGGCGAAGAAAAAUUGGCAACCCUGUGGGAUCGUCAGAAGAUUAGCAAGCAGGGUAUCCAAGUAAUGGGUCCGUGUAUUAUCUCCGAAAUGGACAGCAACACACUCAUCUUACCUGGCUACUACGGUGAGAUCGAUAGCAUCGGAAAUAUUUUGAUCAAUCCUCUCGAAAAGAAGCCUGCCACGGCUACCACACACACUGUCGAGUCGGCCAAAGAGCUUGUCAAGAGCACUCCAUUGAUUCCUACGCUGAUAUCCUCGACACUGGCCUCCAUUCGCGGCGAGAUGGACAAAAUGAUGCUACGAUGCAGCAUGUCUCCUGCCAUCCGAGAGCAGCAGGAUGAAUUCAAUGUCAUAACCGACUGCGAGGGCAAAAUGCUGGUUGGUCAGUUUGGCAGUUUUAUCACACAGUUCCUCGAUGUUUGGGCCGGUACAAUCGAGGAGGGCGAUGUGUUUAUUACCAACGACACCUACCAAGUGCAGGGUGCCAUCAGCCACCUCAACGACAUCAUUGCCUUUUUGCCCAUUUUCCACAACGGUCGGAUCAUUGGAUUUGCAUCGCAAUUUGGCCACCUGACAGACGUUGGAGGUAUUGUUCCGGGAAGCAUGUCAAUCAACGCGACAUCCGUCUUUGAUGACGGCGUGCAGAUUCCCUGCAUAAAGCUGUAUACCCGUGGUGUUAUGAAUAAAGAUAUAGUCGAUCUUCUUUGUCGAAACUCUCGCCAACCGGCAUGGUAUCGCUCUGACCUGACUGCCAUUGUAGCAUCCUGUUCUAUGGCUGCCACCAGAGUUCGCGAGUUGGCCACCCGUUUCGGCAGUGAAGUAUACCUGGCUGCGUGCUCGGAGCUGCUGUACCGGAACCGAAGUGGAUUCGCGAAGAUCAUCGAACGCCAAUUCGAUGACCUGGAAAGCAAAUUCACAGACUUCGUUGAUGAUGAUGGCCACGGUGUGGGACCUUGGGCACUCACCUGCUCCAUGAAAAAGGUGGACGGCAACCGGCUCCAAUUUGACUGGAGUGGCACUUCUCCACAGAGCGAGCGUAGUAUCAACUUCUAUCUCUCGGAGACAAUGUUCAGGAUGUUCAUUGGCUACUACCUCAUUGCAGCCGCUGCCCCGGGCACAGUUAUCAAUGACGGCUUCCAUGACUUGAUUGAUGUGCACAUCCCUGAAGGAUCAGUCCUCAAGCCUGUUCGCCCUGCGCCAAUCUCAUGCCGAACUCACUUCCUCGGACGGACCUUGGACAUUGUACAAGCCCUGAUUGGCCAAAAGCAAGACUCCUACCAGGCUGCAGCUGGAUUUAGUGACUCACCUCACUUCUUUUACUCUGGAUUCAAGCCGGACGGAGAAUGGUACCAGCUCUACCAGAUUGGAUUUGGAGGUGUGCCUGCACGACAAGCCGGCGAUGGCCCUGAUUGCCACUGUCUCUUUCCCGCCAUCAAGUCCAUUCCCACCGAAAUAAUAGAGCUCAACUACCCGUUGCGUAUUGAAGCAAACGAGAGCGUCGCCGACAGUGGUGGCGCCGGAUUUUACCGCGGUGGUAAUGCUCAGCGCACGCUAUACCGAUUCCUGGCCCGUGGGGAGUUCAGUCUCCACGAUGAUCGAUGGUUCACCAAGCCAUGGGGGUUGAAGGGCGGAAAGCCCGGACAGCGAUCCCGCAAAAUACUCUACCGGUACUCCAAGUCUGAGGACAGCCCUCCCACUGAGAUUUUACCUUCCAAGUGUGAUCAUAUUCGCGUUGACCCGGGUGACCUCCUCGAGUGGGUGACUUGGGGCGGAGGCGGAUUGGGUGAUCCUUUGACACGUCCGGCGGAAAAGGUUGCCCUGGAAGUACACCGAAAGCUUGUCACAGUUGAGGGAGCUCGAGUUGCGUAUGGUACCGUUGUCAACGACGAUUUCACUGUAAAUGAGGCUGAGACCGAGGCAUUGCGGACCCAGAUGCGGAUGGAACGUACCCAGCUGAGUGGGUCAUCCAUCUAUGACCGCGGUGGAACCCUCGAGCAGUUACGAGAAACAUGUCUGCAGGAGACUGGACUUGAUGCCCCGUUACCUCAGUGGGAAACAGAAAUUUAUGGUCCUCACGCUGGGUUGGCAUAUGUGCAGGACUGGUUCACUGGGAUGCGAUCACGCAAAGGUUGGGAGCUUGAUUAG